AUGAUUCAUGCUGACCCCCACCGCCGCCCUCCCGCUGCUCCGCCCCACGUGGCACCCGUCGCUGGCAGCCCCCAAGCGACCCCCAAGAAGCAGAAGCUGGCGGUGUGUGCGCCCGUCAGGACCCUCUCCAGGUCGUGCUCCUCCAAGGCCGGCGCGACCGCCCUCAUGGACCAGCUGUGCAGAGAGCUGCUGGCACCCGCCAACGCGACGACUGACAGCAAGGACCCCAAGAAGCUGCACUACGGCUGCGGCGUGGCUACCACCGCACAGGUCAACAGAGUGAUCUUUGACCUGGCAGCCCUCGAGCCCCAGGUCACUGCCGCCGCCGCCCAGGCCAGCUCCCUGCAGGCCACCUUUGCCCAGGGAAGCACCCAGGCAGCGGUGCUGCGCGCCCGGGUGGAUGAGCUCAAUGCGACGACCUCAACAAUUACCGCCAACGUGCAGAAGCUGCAAGCCAACGCGGCAAACGCUACCGACCCCGGCAUCCUUGCUCAGGAGCUUGCCGCCCUCGCAGCAGCCAACACGCGCGCUGCCCAGCAGCUGGCCCUGAUGCAGGCGGCAAAUCAAGCCAUGGCCGCAGACACUGCAGCUCUCAAGUCUGCUCCGCAGCAGUGCGCCUGCGGCGCGGAGCUGUCCGCCGUCAACACCACCCUGGCGGCCAUCAAGUCAGCCCAGGCGGCGGACGCGGCGGCCGUCAACACCACCCUGGCCGCCAUCACGUCAGCCCAGGCGGCGGACGCGGCGGCGGCCACCCUGACCAAUGCCACUCUUGAGUCCCUGAAGGCGACGGUCACCACGGGCGCGGCAGCCAUUGUCUCCGUCAACACCAGCAUUGCCGCCCUGGCGGCCAGUGUGGCCAACGUGUCGGCCAUCGACCUCAGUGCCUACGCAAAAAUCACCGACCUGGCCAACAUCAACGCGGUCAGGCUGGGGGGCGUGGCUGCGGCGGAAUACCUGCGCGCUCGGGUCGUGAUCUACCGCGAAUCUUCAAGUGACAGGACCGGGAUCCUUGGUGGCCGGUCUGGUGCCGACGCCCUGUGCAGCGCCUCCAUCAACCGGCCGGCCGGGCUGGCGCGGGCGCACGCAUUCCUGUCUGUGUCGGCGUCCGACCAGAUCUUCGACUUUCCCACAAAGUACGGCGUCCCCGGCGGCCUGCCGAUCGAGUCCUUGGGCGGCACCAUCCUGGCAAGGAACUUCACGGGCCUGCUGGGGGGCAGCAUCCUGACGAGCCUGGGCAGUGCGGGCGUGUCUGCAGGAGACUUCUGGUGGUCGGGCACCUCCAGGGACGGCAGAGCCGACCCUAACACUUGCGUUGGGUGGACCUCCGACACAGCCACGGGCAGGCCCGGAGAGUUGGGCAGUACUAGUAUUUCGUGGCUGUCGUUCACCGCAUCAACACUUCCUUGCGCCUCGACCCUACCCGUCCUGUGCAUUGCCUUCUGA